AUGUUUCUUUCUCGUCCUUCGGGAUUCAUACAAAGCUUCCAAACAAGCUUGAGGCAGCUGACUUUCCCUCAAUGUCGGCAAGUAUCUAUUCUCUCACAAUUGCAACCUUCUGAAGGAUCGACAAAGACAUACAAAAGAGUUGGUAGAGGUCCUUCUUCUGGUAAAGGUAAAACAUCGGCAAGAGGUCAGAAGGGUCAAAAGGCCCGCGGAAAAGUCAAGUCGUGGUUUGAAGGUGGUCAAACUCCCAUUUACAAGCUUUUCCCUAAGAUCGGAUUCACCAAUGUCACGUCGCUAGAACUCAACGAGCUCAACCUGGACAGGAUCAUGUGGUUUCAUCGCAAGGGCCGCUUGGAUCUCGAAGCCGGCGAAGUCUUAGACAUGAAGAAAAUGAAGGAUUUGGGAUUGGUAACGGGGUCCAUCAAGGACGGUGUGAAGCUGUUGGGCGAUGGAAAGGAAUAUUUCAACCUGCCGUUGAAAAUUGAAGCCACCAGAGCCUCCAAAAGUGCAAUCCAGGCCAUCGAAAAGGCUGGUGGCGAGUUCACAGCGCGAUACUUCAACAAACUGGGCCUGAGAGCACAUUUGAGCCCCCAAUGGUUCAUGCAGAAUAGAGGGCGAAUUCCGCUACAGGCCAGGCCAGUCAAGAGGAAAGACAUCGACUACUAUAGCAAUCCAGGCAAGCGUGGCUACUUGGUCAAAGAGAACCAUCCGCUAUUGCAACAGAUUCAAGAGGCCAAAUCCGGAGGGCACGCGAAUCUGGUCCGCAAGAGUGCGAAGAAAACCGCAUUGGAGCUGCAGCUCGCGGCUAUGGCUGAUUCGCCUUCCGUGGCCGCCUCCGCUCCUUCCCGCAUCGUCACCAUGGAUCAGCUUAAGAAAUAA